AAAUCUUUGUAUUCUGCUAGAGCUUUCUUUAUUGCAACUCAUCCAGUCUGUCAACACAAGUCUCAAGAAACUCUCUAAACCAGACAAAGAUCAAGUACACUACUUCUUAUUUGUCUGAGACUUCAAACACAAGAAACAAACAAACAUGAGAGACCUAGCUUUGUGUCUGUUUCUAUUCUUCUUAGCUGAACGUGUCAAUUCUGUUCCGACAAAAGAACAGCUUGAAAGCUGCUUGUCAACAAACUCCAAAAACCCCAACAAUCUCACUAACUACACAUCAGGUUCCAGAAUCGACACCGCCUUUUCGGAGUCUUCAUCUCCAGACUCAAGUUUCCUCAACUUGAAUUUCACAAGCCUAAAGCCGAUCCUGACCCUCAAACCAAAAUCCGAAUCCGAAAUCAAGAAAGCAAUACUAUGCAGCAAGAAACUUGGCGUGCAAGUAAGAACCCUAAGUGGUGGUCACGACUACGAAGGCCUCUCUUACCUCUCACUAUCACCCUUCAUAAUCCUCAACCUCGUUAACCUCCGCUCCAUCACCAUCAACCUCACGGAAGAAACUGCAUGGAUCCAAUCCGGAGCAACACUCGGCGAACUCUACUACAAAAUCGCCAAAACCAGCAAGGUCCACGCCUUCGCCGCAGGGACAUGUCCAAGUGUCGGAGUUGGUGGGCAUUUCAGCGGCGGUGGACUCGGUGCAAUGAUGAGAAAACACGGUUUAGCGUCUGACAGCGUUGUGGACGCGCGUUUGAUGGACGUGAACGGGAGAAUCCUCAACAGGAGAACGAUGGGAGAGGACGUGUUUUGGGCUCUAAGAGGAGGAGGAGCAGCGAGUUUUGGUGUAGUGUUGUCAUGGAAAGUUAAGCUCGCUAGGGUUCCUGAGAAGGUAACUUGCUUCAUAAGUCAUUCAAUGGGAGCCAGCAUGAACAAGCUUGUUCAUCGGUGGCAGUACAUAGGAGCAGAGGUAGACGAAGAUCUCUUCAUCAGAGUCAUAAUCGACAACACUAAAGGAGGAGGUCAAAGAAGAGUGCAAACUGCUUUCCAAGCUUUGUUUCUUGGUGGAGUCGAUAGAUUGAUUCCUCUGAUGAACCAGAAGUUUCCUGAACUCGGAGUACAAGCUCAAGACUGCAAGGAAAUGAGCUGGAUCGAAUCGGUAAUGUUCUUCAUCUGGAAGUCAGGACAACCGUUAGAGACACUGCUCAACAGGGACCUAAGAUACGAGGAUCUUUACAUCAAAGCAAAGUCAGACUUUGUUCAAAACCCAAUUCCUGAAAACGUUUUCGAAGAAGUGACCAAAAGGUUUCUCGAGAAAGAGACUCCACUCAUGAUUCUAGAGCCAUUGGGUGGGAAAAUAAACGAGAUAUCAGAAAGCGAGUCUCCAUAUCCACACAGGAGAGGGAACAUUUACAACAUACAGUACAUGGUGAAGUGGAGAGUGAAUACAGUCGAGGAGACGAACAAGCACGUCAUGUGGAUGAGAAUGCUUUACGACUACAUGACUCCUUAUGUCUCUUCAUCGCCUAGAGGAGCUUAUUUGAACUACAGAGAUCUUGAUUUGGGAAACAACACAAGAAUCAACACAAGCUUUGAAGAUGCUAGGGUAUGGGGUGAGAAGUAUUACAGAGGUAACUUCAAGAAGUUGGGUUUGGUUAAAGGGAAGAUCGAUCCAACCAAUUUCUUCAGGAACGAACAGAGUAUUCCUCCUCUGUUUUGAUUUCUCAAAAGACAAAACCAGAGGUAUUGUUAAGAUGUAUUUUUUUUUCCAGUAGAUAUGUAACCAAUAACAGUUGAUUCAAAAGGCUAAAUUGAAUAGAAAAUAAACCGGUUUGCCUUCCAUUUGGUAUUAAACAAUGAACAAGUAUCUCAUACUUCAAUAUUGUGGGCACCCAUGUUCGAUGGCGUGGAUAUGAGCGGAACUGCAGGGAUGAAGUACAAGCCAUGAUCUUCUUACUAAUUCCUUAGUUUUUGUUUAAGAACCACCAUCACCACCACCAGUUUAACCCGACGUUUUAGCCCAAAAUCAUGUGAGUAGGUCACAUAUGGUUACGAAGUUAAGUAGAAGUCGGAAGAAAAGAAUUCAAAUCUCAUAAAAGCAAAUGAAACCAUUGGGACUUUAUAACAUCAAACAUCCUUCAGCUUUUGACAUUAUCUGCAACUAAGCAAUUAUUUGGAAAAAGGGAAAUACACUGCAUCAAGAGGAAGAAGACCAGUACAACCCAAUUAGUCUGCAACCGCAUAUGGCAGCCACUGGAUAUACAUAGAGAAACUUCCCAAAGCGUAAAAAAAAAAACGGA